AUGUCAUCAACAACAAACAAUCCGUGUGGUUCUCUAUCAUCAGCAGAAACAGAAAUUUCAUUUUUAACAUCCAUCAAAGGAAAACGAUUAUUGUCUCUUCGUGAUUAUAUUUUUAAAUGUACUAAAGCAACAUGUGGCGUAUUCGUUCAUAAAAAUUUGAAUGACGAAAUGUUAACAAUUAUUGGUGAUCAUAAUCACGUUGCUCACCCAGAUGUACUCAGAAUACGAAUAUUAAAACCGAAAAUGAAAAGUCGUAUUUUGGAUGAGACCACCUCAAUUACAAAAAUCUAUGAAGAAGAACUUGCUAAAGCCGGCUUAACGGAAUUAAUUGCAGCCCAAUUGUUCACUGUAGUCGAAUGUCGUAUGGUAGUAAAAUUAUUGAAAUUUCUAGAAUGGAUUUUUGUUGACUUAUACCAAGGGUUACCAGUGAGACUAAAACAUGAAGCUGAAGCACUGGGUAUACGGUUUCAACCAUCGGAUAUUGUAUCCGUAUUUGAAGCAGCCUUAAUACCAGUUAUUAGUCAAGAAUUAUGUGGAACUUUCAUGGGUUGGAUCAUUGUACCAACAACAUUUCCGAAAAUAAUGGAUAAUUUUAUUCGCAAUAUUCAAAUGCAACUUGAUACUGGCGCUACCACAACAAAGGAAUCAACUCGAUCAUCCGCUUUUCAAAAACGAUUCGACAAUCUCAAGAUGAGAUUGCACAACGAUGAAAUCAAUGCCAAACAGUUGCUAUCUGGUGAUAGUAUGCUGAUCGGAGGACCUAUGAACUGA